CAUAAUUAAUUAAUUAUAAAAAUUUCAAAAGUUUACCAAUGUUUACAUAAAGAUUAUAGAGCACAAUAGAGUAUAUAAUCUCUAUACUAAUGUGUUGAUAAUAAUCAGCAUCUCGACAUAACAAUAGCAAUCAACACUUAUAGACGAACUGACGGCAUCAAAAAAUUUUGGAAAGCAGUUAAAACUGAGUUAGCGAAUAGAAAUUGUUUUCAGUAUUGAAUAAACCUUUGUUUAGAUCAGUCCAGUUUCUUAAAAUUCUCGCGAAUACUUUUUGAUACUAACAAACAUAUACUGAAUUUUAUGAAUUAUCAAGAAGACUGGAAUCAAUGGAUAUUCGCGAAGAAUUAAACAAAAAAUUAGUUUUAGAAAAACCAGCUCAGGUGCCACAAUUCAAAACCAAUAAAAAAAAGAAAAAUAAGAAAUCGGGUGAUAAUAAAAAAGUAAAAAGCUAUGCUAGAAAUGAACAUUUAUAUGAAUCACUAGAAAGCGACAUUUCUGAUUUUGAUACGCCUGUCAAAAUGAAGACGGAAUCCGAAAUACGAUCAAGAAUUCUUGAGAUCAAUGGUGGCAAACUUGACGAUACUGGCAUAGUCAGAAAAUGGAAAAAAGCCGUUGAUGCGGAUGGUAAAGACACAGAUGUUGCUAACAAAAGUAAGGAAAAUUAUUAUAAAAGAAAUCCACUAAUGAGAGGAUUAUUGGAUAAAAAAAUGGCGAGUUUAAAAUUAGCAGAUAUCGAAUCAUCAGAAUCAUCAUCCAGUGGUAAGGGAACAAACAAUAUUGAUGUGAAUAAUGAAGACGUUCAAAUUUCUUAUUUGAUGCAAAGUACUGAAGAACCUGAUGUUUUUGUUCUGCGUGAUACGACAAAGCGUGAUAAAGAUAAAGACAAUGAUUUCAAGUUUUCAUAUCGAGGUAUUAAAAAAACCACGACACCUAGAAAUUAUGCUGUUCAUGAACUAACUUCAGAGGAUUUUGCAUUCACUAAAAAGUUGUUAAUGCUGAAAAAUUCUUCGUCAGAUCAUCUUAUUGAUCAAGCAUUUGUUUUAAACUUCAAUCUUAUUAAUUUGCACUUGAUCUCAUUUGAUUAAUGUUGAUCUCAAUCAAUUUAAAAAAGUGCCUAUAAUAAUACUAAUGAUUCUUUUUAUUGUUCAAGUUGAUUAUAUAUUUUAUAAAUAAUCAUAUUUUUAAGUCAAUCCUGAAAAUUGACACUUAUUUAUAUCACUAAAAUAAAUGCAUUGUAACAACGAAAAAAAAACAUUUUUUAAGUUUAUAUAUUAAAAAAACCUCCCUAGGAGGUCGACUUUCGGUACAAGCCGAUUUAAAGAGUCUAACUAAUGUAUUAAUGCCAUAAGUACAAUUUUUGUACCAAAGAGUAUUCUAUGAUUUAAGGAUUUUCUAUAAAUAAGAUUUUUUAUUUCAAAACACUGCAAGAAUGUAUUCAGUGGAAAAUAAUUAAUUUUUUUGCUGAUUAAACAGUU